UAUUACAUGCUUUUCGGUGGUUUAUAGAAAUAUAUCAGUGAUAUAAAACUGGUAAUUUCACUGUUUGAAACAGUGAAAUUACCACUUUGAUAAUUUCACUGUUUUGAAUUUAAGCCCCUUACGUUGUUUCAGUGAAAUACCAGCGUGCACAGUACUGGGUACCAACUUAAUGACGUGACGUCGUAAAUGACGUCACGUUGUAUUAUUAUUUGGCGCGCUUUUCGUUCAGUAUUAGGUUUAAUGUCUUUUUAAAACGUUUCUUUGCAUAUAAUAAAAAGAAAAUUUGUUUAGUUUAGUGUAAGAUCGAAAUAUAUUUCACCUUGUGAACACCAAAAGUUCAUAUUUCACUUGUGGCUGCGCCACUCGUGAAAUAUACCUUUUGGUGCUCACUCGGUGAAAUAUAUUCCGAUCUUACACUGAACUAAACAAAUAUCCUCUAUAUCAUAUUUUUAUUCCCUUUCUUCAUAAUUGAAGUUUUGAUUGUGCAUAAAAAGGUAACGCAAUUAUUCGAAUAAGGUAACAUCCUAAGCAUACCUGAGUGAGUAGAAUCAAUUAGCAGCUACGAUUAUGUUGAUAGAUGUGAUUUCAUUUUUGACCUAGUUUCUUCGAAACUUUUUCUUUUUAUACACCUGUGCGUAUUGGCGUAUUGGUAGGUAAGUGACGCCACUGAAGUUACCUAAUAGAGGAGUUGCACAUUCUUAUCUAAUUUGUAAAAAAUGACAACUUUUUGCAUUGGAAACUAAUAGGAAACCUGAGUAUAUUUUCAAUAGAUAAAAUAUAAGUACUUAAAUAUUGCAUAAUUGCUAAAAUCUGAAUUGAAAGAGGUGAUUUUGUACUCUUUCCUUUAACUGUAUAAGCCUACCUUUGAUAGUGAGGUCUAAUUAGAACUUUCAAUGGACAAACCCUCACAAAUUAAUAAUUUUGAUAUUGCAACAGCUCAUUUUUGAAUGUGUCCUAAACACAAAGGACUAAUAUAUACAUGUAUAUGUAAACCAAUUACUUAGCGAGUGGAAAUAAAGUUAGUUAUUUUCUAUCAGUUAGAUAUUUUCUUCCGUGUUAUAUAGAUUUAAAUAGCAUAUUGUUAACCAACACUGUGUAAAACACUUUAUUAUUCAUAUACCUUAAAGUUUAACAAUUUAGUUCAUGUAUUGGAUGUGAAUAAACUUUAGAUAUGUUUCAUCAGAUAAAGUUAGACUUUGUGCAAAGAGGUAUAAGGGCGCCUUUGAUAAGUUAAACCCAAAGUAGGUCAAAUCAUUCAGACAUUAUUUAGCAACAGGAGAGGAUUUUCUCUAUGAAAAAAACAACAAAUAUUAUGUAGAAAUUGCUGUUUUUCCAGGAGCACAAUGUAGAAGAUUCUUAAGCUUUCAGUUAUCUUAAUUAUAGAGAACAUCAAUUUUUAAAUUUAAAAUAACUGUGAAAGAAAUAGAGACAAUUUUAUCGGUUUUACAAUGUAGAUAGAUCAACUAACAAAGAUAGUCGGGGAAAUAGACAAAAUGGCUACAGGUCGACAAAUUGAUACGGAUAUUCUCUCGGACGAAAUAUUUGACGUAUUAUGUUCAAUGUGUAGAAAUGAAGGCAGGAACACUGAAGGUGAAAAAUACUGUGUAGAUUGUCACGAUUAUUUCUGUGUUAGUUGUGUCAAAGUUCACAGUAAAGUGCCUGUAUUAGCUGGUCACAAGGUAUUGGAUAAAUCUCAAGUUAAGUUAGGAACCAGUAAAGCUUUGCCAAGGGCACCAGCAGAGAGAUGUGACAGACACAGUCAUAAACACAUUGAUAUGUACUGUCAGAACCAUGAUAAUGUUGGCUGCUCUACAUGUAUGGCAGUUGAUCACAGAUUAUGUAAGGACACAUUCUACAUACCAGAAUUUAUCCAAAACAAUACUUACCAAGCUGAAUCUAGAGAACUUCAAACAAAACUUAAGGAAAUAGCCAAGACCCUUGAAAAACAAGCUGAUAGAUUUAAACAGGAUAAACAAAGGAUGUUAAAGAGGAAAGCAGAAAUACUGGCUGAUAUCAGAAAAUUCAGACAAGAAAUCAAUGACCAUCUUGACAAGCUGGAGAAAAGUUCUAUUGAUGAGAUAGAAAGUAGAGUCAAAAGUCUUGAAGACAAAAUCGAAGACAGUUUAAAACAGCUACAAGCAAAUAAGUCCAGGAUUAGAUCAGCUAAUGAUAAGUUAACAUCUACAAACACGAAUUAUUCUGAAGUGUUUGUUUAUGUGAAGAUGGGAGAAGAUGCUGCAAAUGUUGCCAUCAAAUAUAUAGAGCAUGCCAAAAUAAAAAGUACAGUAGGAGACAUAGAGUUUCAACCUGACAGAACAAUUCUUACACAGUUAGAACAAAAGAAGACCAUAGGAAUACUAUCAGAGAAACCUGCAAAGACUGCUGACAAUUUAUUUCAGAUUAAAGGUAAUCAAUCAUAUAAUGUAAAAGUAAAGUCUGAUAAAAAUGAUUGUCAUAUCAACAGUGCCUGCUGUAUGAAAGAUGGUACAAUAAUUCUAGCUGAUUACAACAACAUUAAACUUAAACGUUUACACGGUUAUAACUAUACUCUCACAGACUGCUAUGAUCUACCUGGAGCACCAUAUAAAGUCUGUAUGAUCAAUAACAAACAAGUAGCAGUAACUGUUCCAUCAAAACAGGAAGUUCAUAUCAUUUCUCUAGAAAGAAAUAUGAAAAGAACAAACAAGAUUAACACUGAUUUUGUAUGUCUCGGUCUUGCACAUGCAAACAAUAAUUUAUAUAUCUCAGAUUCCACAUCAGUAUAUAUGUAUACAUUAUCAGGUAGGAAACUUAAACAGUUUAGAAAGGAUCAAUCAGGACAUGAAUUGUUCUCUAACAUACACAGUCUAGCUGUAAGUAAGGAUGCUACAAGGAUUUAUGUUGCUGACCACAAUAAUGGACUGAUAGUACUGGACAACAAUGGUCAGGUUAUUACAUCAUUUAAUGAUUUACAAUUAAAGGGGCUAACUGUUGUUAUCUCACUGAAGCAGGUAGUGUGCUGGUAUCUGGAUAUGGCUCCAAUAAUGUUUUACAGUUUACAUGUGAUGGUGAGCUGAUAGGAGAAGUUAUAAAAGCUGAUAGUGAAAAAUGGGGAAUAAGAUCAGUCUGUUGUAAUCAACAAAUGACAAAGAUGUGUAUAAGUAGAUGUACAGAUGACAACAUUGAAGUGUUUGACAUCUAAUCACUAAAACAAAUGAUUCACAAAAGAAAAAUAAACAUGUUUUUAAAUAUAUGCCUUUCUCUCAAAAUGUAUGCAAAGAGUAUAGCAUUUAUUAUAGGUGAUCAUUUCUUUUGGAAAUCCCAUUUUUGAAUGCAUCUGGUUUAAUUGUUAUUUGUUAUAUUACAAAAAAACUACUGAAUUGUUUGAACAACAUGAAAAAAAUCAUAUCAUGUGAGUAUUUGGCCAGCAUAGUUUUGUUUAGUUUAACGAGUUCUAUAAAUUUAAAAAUAAACACAAAAUGAUAAUUUUUUA